CUCCUAGUUCUUUGAACUCGUGACUUCUAGUCCUCUUAAUUCGUGUGACUUUCAGUUUUUUAAUUUACAGUUCCUAGUUUUUUUUUUAAUUCGUGACUCUCAGUCCAUUUAAUUCGCCACUCCUAGUCUUUUUAAUUCGUAACUCUCAGUCCUUUUAACUCGCAAUUUCUAAUUUUUUAAAUUCGUGACUCUCUGUCUUUCAAUUCAUGCCGGUUACGUUAAAGAGUUUUAUUCGUGUCCCCAUAUCUUUUUGUCGCGCUUCCGCGAUUUUUUUUACGCGCAUUCUUUAUCUCGCGUUUAUCUCUUUUGUGAGAAUUUGUAACGACUCUUCGUGCUCCGCCGAAGCACGGAAACCGAUAUUGACCGAUAAGACACUUUAUGCCUCGCGAACUCUAGAAAGUUCACGUUUAUCGCAGAUCGCCGUUGCGUUCGCGUCGAUGCGAAUAAUGCGUAUUUCGAAAUGAAUACCCGCACAUUCGCGGGUAAUUAACUGCUCUACACCUGCGGCAGAUAUUGUAUAUGAUGUAAAGAAACGAAACGAUAUGCGACGGGUACCGUGAAGUGUAUAUAAGCGCGAGCCUCGUAACUCUAUGAAAUCACGGCGAAAUCGGCUUACAUAAACUUGAACAAUCUCGGGCAAAUGCAUGUAUGUAAUUAGGACGCGCUGCAUAUUACGCGUCUCGGCGCAUAAUUGAAUCCAUUCGAGCGAGUCCUGAGAGAAAAUGUUUCCCCAUCGACGAUAUAAUACGACGAUAAAAUGUGAUUACAAUCUCAGAUAUAUCUCUAACUAAAUUAAAUCUCCCUUUGAAAUUAAUUAUUCCUUCAUUUUCGACAUUUCAAGCGAUCGGGGGAUUAGUCCGGACGACGGUCGUGAGAAUCGUGCGCCGUGAAGAUAUCACGGAAAGGCAGCAACCCCGAGAAGAAACCUCAGUCUUAACGACGCUAGAAAGUGUGACCGCGACUUUCCGUAAGGUUUAGAACGGCAACCGCUUUUUUCCCUCCCCGAGAUCAGCCGAUUUUACGUAACGAGCAAUCCGAGUGUUUCUUCCUAUCGGGCCAAGAACUCACACAUCAUCGUGAUCAGCAAUGCUGAGAUCGGCACGAGACCGCGGUGGUGAACCUUCACCAUCACGCCGUCAACCGCAGGUCCUCUUUGCAUUCGCCUCUAUCUCCGGCUCCCUUCUGUGCCUUUCACACACACACGUGUACACACCUAGGCACGCUUACUCGCUCGUUUAUUCUCUCUCUCUCUCUCGUUCAUUCGCACGUUCGUUCCUUUACUCGUCCACUCGCUCGCUCAAACGCGCGCGCGCGCGCAAGGCGCACACUCGUUGACUACCUGACGAGAACUCGAGCUCGGCCAGUCACGUGGCCAACGAUCGCGAAGGAUGUUUGUGGGACCGCAAAGUCAGUCCGCGGCGGUCGGUCCGUCGAGAAAGAGAGGAUAGAGGCGCGAUCGGGUGGAAGAGAAGGAGGGAGAGGUCGGGACGGAGGAGGAGAUACUGGAUCGGGGAUACCGCCUGGGGUCUCGGGAUCGUCGCUGCUCUAGCUCUACCUGUCCGAAGGCAUUCGCCGCGCGCGAUCGUUUCGGCUUGUUCCCCUCGUGCCGUAGUUUACCGGAGUCGAAGGUUUUCGAGUGUUUCUCCGCGAUUGGUUCCCAUUAGCCACGGGCAGCGGGAGAGAAGUCUUGACCGGGUCUAGUUCGACCGAAAGGAGGAUUUCCGUCGUGACGCAGGAAUUAAUAUAGUGUUUUAAUUGUAGUACAGAAGGAAAUCGGCGAUCGCCGAUUUGUUUGUGCGUUAGAAAGUGCGGGUUUCGUGCGGCAUUUCGGUGCACUGAAACGUGGAAGACGCGCAAUGUGACGUCAAGCGAGACUUGGAAGUGACUGUCGAAGUGACGCGAGGAUGAAGUGGCUCGAAUCGAGGAAGAUGUCGGAUUUCCUUCAUUCGGAAUAACAAUACAUGAAUAAGUUUGUGGAGUUUUUUUUUCAACAAUGUUUUUCUACUUCUCUGUGAUAACGGAAGAAUAACGAAGUUUAAUUAUGAUGAGGAAGUUUAAUUGUCGAACUUUUUGAACUGAAUUUUGAUACGCUUUGGAAAAAAGUGGAAAAGGAGACAGAAUAUCGUACCAAGCUUCAAUAGAAUCGUCAAAUAUUUUAUGAUUACUGCAAAUUGUGAUACGCGAGAGAAAAUUUACUCAUGAAAUACAAUAAUUCAAGUUGCCGCGUUUGUUCACAAAGAACCAGUAGGUUCGCCAGGUCUGCUCGGCACAUUCUUCGUGGAAGGAAAGCACGAGCGAUCGAGAUAGAAAGGCGACUAUCGAGGUCGUAACGUCAUCUCGAAGAUCAGCUUCAAUGACAAUCCGAGGGAAAAGAGAGGUAGAGAAAGGGACGGAACGCGCGCGAAGAUCUCCGUAUUGAAAAUCGGUGCUGGCUCUCGUGCUGGCUUCCCGAAGCCUUCAAUCGACGAAGGAUAUUUUACGUGGUCCCCGCGGAAUGAUGCGCAAAAUAGGAGGGGGAUCCCACUCGUCACGAUCGCGAACGAAGGGAGAUUUGGGAGAUUCAAGUCCCCGCUCGUGAAGUUAUUUAGCGAGCGCGAACGAACGCACGUUUCGUGGUCUCCCGCAGAGUUGUAUGCAAAGUCUCGUCGGCGAUAUCGCGAGGCAUCGGCGCGAUCGCGACCUGCUUAACGAAUAAAGAGGACGUGUGGUGGACUGUCGAGAGGAGAAACGAAAGAGAAGAGGCGAAAGAGAAGGAAACGGCAGAAUAUCGAGGGUAUACGCGCGCGGCGAGAUUGCGGUGAUUUCGCUGGCGCAACAGCCGCCGUGGAAUCAUGUGGCGACGUUGCACAACAUUUUCCCGUCAUCUCCGAUCGGCAUUUAACGCAGUGCGGGGUUCGCGGUGCGUUUUAAGCGAGUAAGAAUUCCGAGAAACGCACGUGCGUCGCGCAGACUCUACCUCCGACCUGCAGCGAAUAGAUUUUACACAGAGAUAUCCAUUAGGGAGAGAAACGGUCAUUACAUUCGUUCGCGACUGACGAUACGUCGCGGUAGAAUAAAAAUCGAGCUACUCCGUCGCAAACAACGAAUUAAUUCAUGCCUGAGGAAUUUUUUCGAGUGACGAAACACUGCUGACGCGAGAAGUUUACCAAGCUCGCGAAACGCCUCGCUCGCCGAGUCAUUUCACGUCGUUUCUCACAUUCCGUCGGCUUGAAAUAGACAGACGCGCGAUAAGGAGGACGAUAAACGUCGCCUCUUAUCUUCGAAGAAAUUUGAACGGGGAAAUCUUCGUCUUUUACGCGCGAGGUGAAGGUACCUCGCGUUACCGCUGACAUUUAGUACUGCCUAAGCAAUAGCGUAGAUAUUUUUGACGCGCGAGUCGGGAGUGUGCGGUUCAAAAAUCGAGAUUUGCUUCGCAUAAGCUUGUCCUUCGUCGAGGAUGAGCGAUCGCAUCGGUUAGACGGUCGGAAAAACGAGCGGAAUGCAGCUGGCAACCAGUCAGAGGCCUCAUCCGCCUCCGGUGCCACCUCGGCCGAGCAGGCAGGUGGUUGCCGAGGCCCUUAAGAGAUCGCCAAGGCCGCCCUGUCCCACUAGGCAGGCACCACCGCCGCCGAACACGAAGCCCUGGAGAUCCGAUCAGCAGCAACUGCAGCUGCAGCAACAACAUCAGCAACAGGUGGACUCGACGGCCGGACGCACGAUCGUAUACGAGUCCAUCAAGGAAUGCACGAAGGACUGCAAGGACGAGAGCGCGUCCAACGACAGAAAUCAGCGGGAUCGCAACCAGGCGCGAAAUUCAGACAGGAAUGUUGAGGAGAGCCGUUCGGAGAACGGAAACAAAGUCACCUCGUCUCACGAUCAACAUCACGGCGCCGGUACCGGUUCGGAGAAGCUUUAUUCCACGGGAAACGUCCCGGUGAACAUUGUGCGGAAGCGCAACAGCCUGACCGAGGAUCAACGGCCGCAACGCAGACUGGAGAUUCGCAGAAACUCCCGCGGGAAGGACCCGGCCGGUCUGCCGUAUCAUCGCGAACGAUGCAAGGACCCGCAAAGGGAGAACAGCGUCGUCGCCUCGGCGGAGAAAUUCGAAACGGCAGCGACGACGGCGACGAGGCCGUCACCGGCCGUUCGAGCUGUCAACGUGUCCUUCGAAGACGAGCUUCGUGCCUCGUCCUCCAGCCCGGAUUCCUCUGGCAGGCAAGUCACGGUGAGCCACGCGGAAAAGUGCAACGGCGACCCGGAGAGAGCGGACGGGCACGACACCCGGCCGACGCCCACGUGCCGAUCGUGUCCUGGUGUCGAGCAGCAACAGCAGCAGCAGGAAGCGUUCGCGGGGAAUGGCAAGCCCGCCGGGAACGACGGUGUCAAAACCGUAUCCUCGAUCCAGAAAUCGACGAGCGUCCCGAGCGUUCCCGAUCGCGCCCCCGUCACCCUGCUCGUCGUCGACGAGCCAGAGCGUAAAAUCGCGCUCAGCGACCACGAGGACAGCAGCAACGACAACGACAGCGACAACAAUAUCCAUCGGCAGGACUGGCUGGAGGCGGGGGUCCGUUACUCCUCCACGAAGAUCACUCUGCACGGAGACGACGGCGACGACGACACCGUCGACAGGAAUCGCGUCAACGGUUACGAUCAUCGCGAGGAGGAAAGAAUCACUGAUCUUGAUUUCAUCAGCAUACAAGAAAGGAUCGCGAUGUCUUCCCUGCAAGGAUUACCCCCGUUACCGAGGAGCUUAAGCGGCUUCAACCUGAGCGGCGGACGCGGCGAGAGCGGCGAGCCGCCUCCACCGCCCACGAGGUCGUCCAGUAAAUCCCAAAGAGGCGGUAAAACGACGCUGCAGUCGUCGUCGUCGUCGUCGAGGCCGUCACCACCUGCCAGGCAACUCACCACCCUGGACACCCAACUGGCGGUGCUCAGGAGAGAAAUGUUUGGCCUGCGGCAGCUCGAUCUCUCCCUGUUGUCACAACUGUGGUCCCUGAACGAGUCGAUUCAGGAGUUCCGACAGCUGCUGCAGGAGCAGGAGGACCGGGCGCCUUCGCCGUCGCCCAGUAGCGAGGAAGGGGACGAUACGUCUUACGGAGUGCACCCACCGCCGCCGCCGAGAAGACCGGCGCCUACGCUGCACCAUCAUCGGCCGCCGCGACCACCCAGGCCACCCAGGCCGUCGGCCAGCGACGAGUCGCCGUCGAGCGAGGAGUACGGGGCCGUUUGACGUAUCGUCACCGAGAGGAAGAAGUACUCGAGAAGGUCUCGGUCCUCUCAUCGCACCUAGAACGGCGUCUCGACGAGCGCCGAUACCUCCGAACACGAGAAAAGACCUCGAAGAGAAAGAGAGACUUGCGUGAAAACGAAAUCUACGACGAUACCAUGAUCUCGGUCAAGACUAGUGAUCAAGACAUUCAUCGUGACAUUCGAUUGCGAAUUAUUGAUUCCUAAGAGUGCCCGCAACGUCGCUUGCGGAGCCAUUCGAGAUCGCGAUCCAUGAGACGGUUCUUCAACUCGUGACCGGAACCGAUGAUCGAAUCGGUCGGUCGACCGAAAGAUUGUUUCGCGGUAGAUUAGUCGCGGUCGCGCGUACGGUGCUAUCUGCGUAACUAUCCAGAGAAGAUAUCCCGCUUUUCCCGCAAACCGUCGCUUGGAGAGCCAUUCGAAAUUAUCCCGCGAUCGCUGCUUCAGCACGAAAGGACUGAAUCGAAACUCGGGGACGGCGGGGGACCGCAGUAGUUCAGCCGCCAUCACGCGAAUCUUAUUUCGCGUAUACGAGAUAAUAAUCGCUUCUCACAGCCCGGAGAAGAGUAUCGACUUGCCAAUUUACAAUAACGACAUUCCGCGUAUAUCGCGCUCUAAAUAAGGAAGGACUCGAUUGCCGCGAGCGAGAGAGCUGACUACUCAGCUCGACGCGCCCGCUCUCCUCUCUAUUUGUGAUAACGCUCGAAGGGGCCUUUGAUUAAUGAUAAUCGCAUCCAUUUGUGCGGAUUAAGAUUUCUCCGCGACUCCGCUCUGCCGUUAGAGCUAUUAUAACAGAUCCGAGCCCAAAGCACCGCGAUUCUUUCGUGUUGUGAUCCAAGAAAUGGCUGUUCCAUUCUUUUGGCGUCACCGGCCGAGGAGUGGCCGGUGAAUCCGAAAGAAUCACAGCAUUCUCUUUUCUUCCAUAUUUUUUUUAUUCUAUUGCGAAUCCGUCGCAAUAGAAUCCUUGUCCUCGUUGCUGACAUCACCUGUAAUUAAAUCUGCCGUACACGCGAAGAGGAUGGAAAAAUUUUAAUAUAUUUAUAAAAAAAAAAGAUAUUUAACGUGAGAUUUCCAAGUGUUUGAUUUCUGAUGUUACAGACAUAUUGCAAGCCUUAUAGACCUUAUAGACGUAAUAAAUCAAGUUUUCGCGUGUACGGCAUCUUCGGGAAGACUAAGAUUGUCAAUGUUCCGCGGCGUCCUUUCGUGUAGAUUAGUACGAACCGUGUGUAAAGAUAUGUGCAAAAUAAAUGAGACUUAAUUUAAAUACA